AUGGAGUUUAGGAGCAACGUGACAGAAUUUGUUCUACUGGGCCUCACUGGAAAUCCAAAGAUGCAGAAAAUUGUAUUUGUUGUGUUUUUUCUCAUCUAUGUCUUCACUCUGGUAGGAAAUUUGCUUGUUGUGAUUACUAUCACUAGCAGCCCAUUAUUUGGGUCCCCCAUGUACUUUUUCCUUGCCCAUCUCUCCUUCAUUGAUGCCUGCUACUGCUCUAUUAAUACUCCCAAACUUUUCGCAGAUUCACUCUAUGAAAAGAAGACCAUAUCAUUCAAAGGAUGCAUGAGUCAAAUAUUUUGGGAACAUUUCAUCGGUGGUAGUGAGAUUAUCCUACUCACUGUAAUGGCCUUUGACCGCUAUGUGGCCAUCUGUAAGCCCUUACACUAUACAACCAUCAUGAGCUCACGGGUGUGUAGCCUGCUUGUGGGAGUGGUGUGGAUGGGAGGCUUUCUUCACUCAACCAUACAGAUCUUCUUCAUCUUCCGACUGCCCUUCUGUGGUCCUAAUGUCAUAGAUCAUUUUUCAUGUGAUUUAAGCCCUUUGCUCAAUCUGGCCUGCAUUGAUACCCACACUCUAGGACUCUUUGUUUCUGCCAACAGCGGCUUUAUCUGCCUACUAAACUUCCUCCUCUUGAUGAUCUCUUAUGUGAGUAUUCUACGCUCCCUGAAGAACCACACUGUGGAAGCCAGGCGCAAAGCCCUCUCCACCUGUGUCUCCCACAUCACAGUAGUCGUCUUAUUCUUUGUGCCUUGUAUAUUUAUAUACAUGAGACCUGCUGUGAUUUUACCCAUUGAUAAAGCAGUUACUGUAUUCUACACUGCAAUAACUCCCAUGUUAAAUCCCUUAAUCUAUACCUUGAGGAAUGCACAGAUGAAAGAUGCUCUUAAGAAACUGUGUAAUAAGAAAGCUAUUUCAGAUGAAAAAUAA